AUGCCCUUUCACGACGUCAAAGUGCCUUCUUCCAGUGCCUUGCUCUCGGACAGCCCUGCGCCCUUCGGCGACGCCAAGGAAGUGGUGGCCAUCAAGGACUACUGCCCGACCAACUUCACCACCCUGAAGUUCUCCAAGGGCGACCACCUCUAUGUGCUGGACGCCUCGGGCGGCGAGUGGUGGUACGCCCACAACACCACGGAGAUGGGCUACAUCCCCGCCUCCCACGUGCAGCCCCUGAACUACCGCAACUCCACCCUCAGCGACAGCGGCGUGAUUGACAACCUUCCAGACAGCCCCGAAGAGGUGGCCCAGGAACUGGACCUGCUCGGGAGCUGGACGGACGACAAGAAAGGCGCCUUCAGGAACAAGAACCCUUUCUGGAACGGGGUCCAGACCAACCCCUUCCUGAACGGGAACGUGCCCUUGACACCCAGCCUGGGCGAGCUGAGCCCCCCCAGUGCCGUGGACCUGCUGCUCUUUGACAGGGGCACCGCCUUGUGCAACGAGUCUAGCCCGGCCGCUGCCAGCAGCACUGGUGACAUCUGCGACGAGCCCGCGGCUGAGCCACCGGUCAGGCGAGACAACCCGUUCUUCCGCAGCAAGCGUUCCUACAGCCUGUCCGAGCUCUCCGUCCUCCAGGCCAAGGCCGACGCCCCCGCGGGCUCGGGCUUCUUUGCCACCGCCGCCGCCGCCGCCGGCUUGAAGGCACCCGUCCCCGAGCAGUUCCAGAGCCGGGAGGACUUCCGGACGGCCUGGCUGCACCAUCGGAAGCUGGCCCGCUCCUGCCACGACUUGGACUUGCUUGGCCAGAGCCCCGGCUGGGGCCAGACGCAGGCGGUGGAGACAAGCAUCGUGUGCAAGCUGGACGGCGCGGGGGGCGCCGUGCAGCUCCCCGACACCGGCGUCACCAUCCACGUGCCCGAGGGCCACGUGGCUCCCGGCGACACGCAGCAGAUCUCCAUGCGGGCGCUGCUGGACCCGCCCUUGGAGCUCAACAGUGACCAGACCAGCAGCGUCAGCCCCGUGCUGGAGGUGAAGCUGAGCACCCUGGAGGUGCGCACGGCCCUCGUCCUGGAGAUGAAGGUGUCCGCCGAGGUGAGGAACGAUGCGCUCAGCAGGAGCUCCGCGGGCCUCCAGUGCCUGCGGAGCGACUCCAAGGAGGGGCCCUACGCCCCCAUCCCGCUGGCCUACAGCUACGGGGACACGGUCCAGGUCCACCUGGAGAACCUGGAGCCCUGCAUGUACCUGGCCAUCGUCGCCCACAGCCCCAGCGUGCUGUACCCGUCCACCGUGUGGGACUUCAUCAGGAAGAAGGUCACCGUGGGGCUGUAUGGCCCCAAGCACAUCCACCCGUCCUUCAAAACCGUGGUCACCCUUUUUGGCCACGACUGCGCCCCGAAGACCCUGCUGGUCAGUGAGGUCACCUGCCAGGCCCCCAGCCCUGCCCCCGUGGCGCUGCAGCUCUGGGGGAAGCACCAGUUUGUGCUGGCCCAGCCGCAGGACCUGCACAUCUGCCUGUUCUCCAACAGGACACUCUACGAGGUGCAGGCCGGCGAGCAGGCCAGGGUGGUGCGGGGCUUCCAGAUGAAGCUGGGGAAGAUGAGUCGCCUGGUGUUCCCCAUCGCCGCCCACAGCCCCAGCGAGCUGUCCGACUUCACGCUGAGGCUGCAGGUGAAGGACGAUCGGGGCGCCCUCCUGACCCAGUUCUGCAUCCAGACGCCCCCGCCACCCCCCAGAAGCGCCGUCAAGCCAUCCGGGCAGCGGCGGUUCCUGAAGAAGAACGAGAUCGGCAAGAUCAUCCUCUCCCCGUUGGCAGCCAGCGCCAAGUACCCGACCUUCCAGGACCGCCCCGUGGGCAGCCUCAAGUUCGGCAAGCUGCUCAAGACGGUGGCGAGGCAGAGUAAGAGCCACUACCUGCUGGAGUACAAGAAGGGCGACGUGAUGGCCCUGCUGAGCGAGGAGAAGAUCCGUCUCAAGGGGCAGCUGUGGACCAAGGAGUGGUACAUCGGCUACUACCAGGGCAAGGUGGGGCUGGUGCACGCCAAGAACGUGCUGGUGGUGGGCAAGGCCAGGCCCAGCUCCUUCUCGGGCCCCGAGCUGAGCACCUCGCUGCUGCUGGAGCAGAUUCUGCGGCCCUGCAAGUUCCUCACCUACAUCUACGCCUCUGUGCGGACGCUGCUCAUGGAGAACAUCAGCAGCUGGCGGGCCUUUGCCGACGCCCUGGGCUACGGCAGCCUGCCGCUCUCCGCCUUCUGCCGCGCCGAGCUGGGCAGCGAGGCCGAGCGCGUGGCCUCCGUCCUGGAGAAGCUCAAGGAGGACUGCAACAGCCUGGAGGCCAAGGACAGGAAGUCCUUCCAGAAGGAGCUGAUGAUGGCCUUGCUGAAGAUGGACUGCCAGGGCCUGGUGGUCACCCUCAUCCAGGACUUUGUACUGCUGACCACGGCGGUCGAGGUGGCCCAGCGCUGGCGGGAGCUGGCGGAGAAGCUGGCCAAGGUCUCUAAGCAGCAGAUGGACGCAUACGAGUCCCCCCACCGCGACAGGAAUGGGCUGGUGGACAGUGAGGCCAUGUGGAAACCGGCGUACGACUUCUUGCUGACCUGGAGCCACCAGAUGGGGGACAGCUACCGUGACGUCAUCCAGGAGCUGCACAUCGGCCUGGACAAGAUGAAGAACCCCAUCACCAAGCGCUGGAAACACCUCACGGGCACGCUGAUCCUGGUGAACUCGCUGGACAUUCUGAGAGCCGCCGCCUUCAGUCCCGUGGACCUCGAGGACUUUGUCAUUUGAGCAGGCCCCUCCUGCUCGUGAGCUGUCACCGUGGAGCCGGGGAGGGGUGCAGAGCUCCUGCACAGACAGUCAGACAUCAGGGUCCCUGCAGGCUGGGCCCACACCCAGGACCAAGCACACACCAUCCUCUCCUCCCCUUCCCUCCUGCAUCCGGGGAGGCGGAAGGGGGUUUUCUACCGCAGGUUGUUGCCAAUCAGAGAGCUUUCUAUUUGUUAAACAUACAUUUAAAUUGAAGAUCACUUUUUGUAAGGUAUGGUGGGGUGGGGGGGAACACACAAGAAAGGUUAUCAUCUAAUUUUCUAAUGGACCAUAAAAGGGAAAAAAUAUAUCUACACUGCGGCGUGCGUGCGCAAACACACACACACACACACACACCUACUGGAAACAGAUGCUGUUGAGGUUUUUAUGUUGUUCGAAGACCUUUUUAACUUAUGUUACAGAUGUAUAUAUGUAUUUAAGGCCACUGGGGCAUUUCUGAUUUCCGGCCACACUGCAUUUCAGCAGGUCUGGUGGGAGGCAGUUGUUCCAGUGUUGGACCUUCUCCUCCCCAGGCCGUCCUUGUGAAAGGGCACGUCAGAUAGGACAAGUGGCUUUUCAGUUCCACGAGCCUUGCUCUGAGAUUGCCCAGGGCCCCGCUCUCUCCCCUUACCUUAAGUACCCUCCUUCCCUUUCCUCACACGAUCCUAAGUGAUCCUGCACAGCACGAGUGAAUUUUUUCCGAACUUUCCAUGGGCAGCGUUCGAUCCAACCUUAGCAGUUAGGUGCCACAGAGACGGUCCUCCGAUAGGUCAGAAAGCGGCUGAGAGUUGACCUUUCUCUUUUUUUUUGGACAGGGGAUGUGUUCCCAUUGGGAACCUGGCGGCCCCUGCCUGAGUGUGAUUAGUCACUCAGAGAACAGUGCUAUUCGGGAGCAAAUUGGAUGCCCCAUGACCCUGAUGACCACCAGUCCUCCUCACGUCCAUUCUAAACACUGGUGGUCUCAGAAGGGACGCCUCUGCCGGUGUGGGGGCUCCUUGCAGCCACUCUCCCCCUGCUUCGUCUGCAGUUCCAUCCCUCUCUUGGCUGGGGCACCCGCCUCUCCCUUAGGGAAUUUAGGGAUAAAGGGAAAGAUACAUCGUGCACAGUAGAACGAGGUUUGAGGGGGAGGAAGGUUUUCUCAUCAUCAGACUAUGCCCCCUCAGGUGGAAUCAGGGACGUACACAGGGAGUGUUACUGCCAUAGCGGUCAGUUUCCACAGGGGCUGUAGACCAGACUGGAGUGUGGGGAGAGGACGUUGGGGGACACGUGCACUCAGUCCCCUGGCUGCCGUGUAGUUUGGAGUAGCAGGCAACACACGUGAGAUCUCUCGCAAAGACCUGAAGCGAGAUGGCUCCGUGGGGCAUCAGGGGUCGGCUGCGUCUGUCCCUGGUGGCAUUGGGCCCCUGGGGGCCCCUGAAUCCCAUGAAAGCCUGCCUUCUGGAAACAUGUUGACCGUGACCUAGUUGAUAGUGACCUGGUCCAGUGUGUCCAAAGUGGGCGAUGCCAGCCCUGGGGGUGCUGGCAUGAUGCAGGGGAGGCCACAGAAGCAGAUGCCCACACUUGAUCCCGGAUGGUGGGAUCCAGUUAUAGGAAGACGGUCCACAUUACCGGUGCGAGUGGGGGGCACAGGGAGGGCGUGAGAAGUGUUGUUCGGUUUUGUCUUCAGAGAGGGGGGCAGUGGUAGACAGAAAUAAGUUUGGAAUCCCACGACCUAGCAGCAGCAUCCCUGAGGGAUCCAAAGCGUGGGUGCUCUUCAUUGUGAAACUGGAGAGCACACACACUGGAAACCUCAUGCCGCCGAAACUGGGAGCCUCGAUUGGCUCGCGACCUGAAGCCCAGCCCCUCGUCCCUCCGCCGCCAUCCCCGCAGGAGCCCGCCGCCCACCUCCUCCCCAAAGAAGCGACAAAACCAACUGCACCUUAAACCAUGACUAUUUCUCCUCAGGGGCUUUCAAUCGUUUCCUAUGCAACGUUGUCUUGUAGCACAAAUUCUAACCGAAGUUGCAGUAAAUUUUAUUUGGAUAUUUUAGCCUGUUA